AUGAAGGUUUCUCUCGCUCGCAUGCAGAAGCUCGUCCAUGCACACGGAGUGGUGGGGCAACCUCAGGUACGUGUGCCGGUACCAGCCGGUCCAAGAGCCAAGGAAAACUUCAUCAUGGUGUCAUCGCGUGACCCCGAAAUCUACCCACUCGUGUUCUCAGUGUCGGUUGGUGUGGCAAUUGGCGCUCUGAGCCUCCUUCGCAACGGACUGUUCAACCCUGACGUGAACCUGAAUCGUGGCCGCCGUGAAACGCCAGCAUGGGAGCGCUACAAACCAGAGGAAGGGGAAGCCUUCUCGCGGAUCCAUCACCACUUGGCCAAUCUCAAGCCAAAUCCAGUCAACACUUUUCCAGAGGCUCGUAAGCUGCAUGAGAAGACCGAUGAAUCUUUCUUCAAGCACCUAUAA